AUGGGCUGCACACCUUCACACACUAACAUUGUGAACAGCGUGGCAAAGAGUGGCAUCCAGUUUUUGAAAAAGCCCAAAGGCAUUUUGCCAGGACGCCAGGGAGACAGUGAAAGAGGCUCCAUCCCUUUGCUGGUGAGAAGUUCCACCUGCUAUGACUCUGGGAGGGACCUGUCCUGCGGACCAAGGCUGGCAGAGGCGCAACCGAAACACAGGAGGACACAAACCACCGCUGAAGGUCAGUUCAUGAGAGACCCUGCUUCGGGCAACAGGAAAGAUAAGGCAGAACUGAUCCCAGGCGGCCAAAGCUCCCCAGCCCAGCUGAACAAAGCCCAAAGCCACGUGGCUAGAGACGGCUCAUUCCAGACACUGGCCUGCCACGGGAUGCAAGGGGAGGACAAUGAGGGAAGUGCUACCCAGGAGACCACCAAAUGGGAAAAGAAGCCAAAAUGCCACGGGUCCAGCAAACAGGGCCCUGGCUGCCAACCCAUCCCGCCUGCUCCUGGGUGGGCAGGCAAAGUGGACUUCCCCGAGCCCCUGGUGAAGGCCCACCAGCACGCCUACACCUAUCUGCACCGCAGCCUCUCCAAGUACGAGGCCAUCGUGUGCCUGGUGCAGCGGGCCACCCAGACCCGGGAGCUGCUGCAGCCCCUGCUCGGCUUCCUGCUGCGGUGCUUCGAGGAGGUCAGCCAGCUCCUGGGGGAGAUCGCCAAGGGCGGAGAGGAGCUCCUCCAGGAAGUCCGGGAGGAUCUGGCAUGGCCGCUGGGGAAGGGAGAGCCCCAGGAGCAGCCAGAUCUCCUGCAGCAGCUGCUGCAGUACACGGUGGGCCGGCUGCAGGCGCUCCACGGCGCGGCGGCCUCGCUCACCGGCAGCUCCCUGGAAGGCUGCCACCGCUCCCUCCACUCCACGGCAAGCCACCUGGAAACCAAGCUGAGCACCAAGAGGGGAGUGGAGGAACGCCUGCUGAGGGCUCUGGGGCAACUGGAGAGCCUGGCCGGUGGCCGUGGAGACCCUGGGCUGCAGGGUCUGCCCCUGUGCUCCGAGGACAGCGGCAUCGGCGCCGACAGUGAGUCCGUGCAUUCCGUGGACAAGCUGGGCAGGCAAGGCAGCUGGGACUCAACACCAGAGCCUGCAGAAUGGAAGUCCAGGAUCUUACCCCAGACGGAGGCCAGGCUGCCGGGACACGCCUGGCAGCAAAACCCGUGCUGGGUGGGCUCAGACAGACCCCAGGACUGCCCGCUCUCAACACCAACUAGGGCAAAGAUUCAGCCAGCCGCCCAGCGAGAAGUGAGCAGCUCUGGGCCCUGCAGCACAAGCCUGGGAAAGAGCAGCCCCAGGCAUUUGGAGCCAGGCAAGAGCAGGCUGGGCGAGCCUCCUGGGGGUGGGGGCCCCGCAGAAGCACAUCUGUCCAAGGGAUGGGAGUUGACAGCUCCAGCCCUUAGCGAGCCUGAGGACAGCAGCCCAGAGGAGGAGGAUGAAGUGAGCGGCACGAUUCCAUGCACAUGGCAGGAAAAGGCUCCACCGUCAAGGCCACGGUCAUCACCUGCUAGCCCGAAAAGCCCAUUUCAGCCCCACUGCAGGAGGCUUAGGAGCCCCCAGGCCCAGGAAAUGAUUCUGAAGAUGAAGGAAGCCAUCAGUGAGAGGAUCAAGUUUGUCCCUGUGCCCUCUGCGCACCAGGACUGGGCUGAGGAGGAAGACGAUGCGACAGUGGUCCCACCAAGGCCUAACACAGUCAGUGGCAGCAGGAGGGCCCCCGAGAGGCAGAGGAGGUCCCAGUCGGAUGCUUGUCUCAAGACUCCCAUGGAGGACCCCACCCUCCAGGAGCUGCGGAGGAUCCAGUGGGACCUCGGCCAGAGGCUGGAGGCCUUUUAUGCCUUGGGCACUGAGCGGCAGGGUCACAGCAAGGAGCGGAUUCUGCCGCCCAGAGCAGCAGUGCUAUGGCCCGGCGACAGCUCCAGGGUCAGCCCCAGCACCACCACCAGCAAGCUCAAGGCCUCCCUCACCAAGAACUUCAGCAUCCUGCCGAGCCAGGACAAGAGCCUUGUGCAGAGGUGCAGCCCCCACCCCGAGGCGGACCAGCCGUGGCAGAGGAAAGCCGAGAAGCUUCCAAACGCCACCGGGUCCAGGGAGAGGGACUGCGAGGCCCCGGGGCCCAGGGACUGGAAUGCCAGGGGCUGUCCCUCCAGGACGUCAGUCAAGAAACUCAUUGAGACUUUCAGUGCCACCGAGAGUCUGAGGCCCCCGGGGGACAGCAAGAGCCCUGGGUCAAGCCCCUUCCUCAGGAAGUGGGGGGUCCCCAUCAUGCCUCCUAGAUUUCCCAUCUACAGGGGUCUUGCCCCUUUGUAUCCUAAACCCCAAAUUUCUCCAGCAGCAGGCAGAGACUUUCUCGGAGUGGGCGUGGCCUGGAGGCCCCUCACACCUGCCCUUCCCCCUCUGCCUCCAGCGGAAGACCCCAACAGCGAGGACGUGAGCUGGGAGGGCGAGGGGGACCCAGGGCCUCUCCCCCCACCACCCCUGGAAAUCCUGAUGGACACAUCAUUUGCUUCUCUGGAGCCCCCAGGGAGCACUGUGCCUGCAGGCAGCUCCCCCACAGAGCCCCGGGGAGCAGGGCUAGCAAGGGCCUGCCCUCCGGGAGGGACGUGCACUUCCCCAAAGUUAAGAGCCUCCAUGGGCCCCAGGGACGUGCUGCCUAGCAAGAGCACCGCCAGCCCCUCCAGGCCCCGCAGCACGGGGCCAGCGGGCAGCAAGGUGAGCUGCAGUCCCAGAAGGCCCGCCUUGGACCUGCACCACUCGCCAGCACCCAAGCCAAACCCAGAGGGAGCCAGCGCACAAGCAGAGAAGGCUGCAAGCCUCGCCAAGCAUCCCCAGAAGGCCAGCGCCUGGCACCGCUCCAGCCCCACGUCUGGGCAAAACAGGACCUCAGAACCCAGCCUGGCCAGACCACCACGAGGACCACGAUCUGCUGAGGUCCCGAGGCCGGGCCGAGAGAGAAGCCCCAAGGUGGUCAGGAAGACCUCUCCCCCCAGGGCCCAUUGGGCACCCCAAGCAGACAAGAAGCACCGGAGCCUGCCCGCCUCUCACAGGCCUGCUCAGAGUCCCCCCGCGGCGCACAGCUCCCCCAGCCCACCACUCAGCCCUGCAGCUCCCAGCCCUCCGGUGAGCCCCAGGGUGCUGAGCCCACCCCCAACAAAGAGGCGAACCUCCCCUCUGCCCCCGCACAAGCUGCCCAGCCCUCCUCCAGUGAGCCCCCCCACGCAGCACCCAGAAGCAAACUCCCCUUCCUCGGCCCCCUCCCCAUCGCCCCCAGGGUCCCCCUCUCAUGGGCACAAGGAAAGGGGAGACUCUGAAGGCAGUCACACAGCCACGGCCGAAGCACCAGGCAACGCAUGUUCCAUCUUCUGCCCGGCCACCUCCUCCCUAUUUGAAGCUAGAUCGCCUCUGUCAACAGCCCACCUGCUCACCCGACCAUCACUGCCACCAGGAUGCUUGGGGCCACAGCUGAGGGUGGAGUCCCAGAGGAGGACGGCUCUGUGUGCCCUCAAUCCCCAGCCUUUCAUCAGAAGGAGCGCUGCCCACCGCCAGCCAGGGCUCCAGCUCCAGCUGCCUGGCUCCGGCCCCCCCGGCACCCCCUGGGAUUCCCAGCUCAGCCAGAGCAGCAGCGGUGAGGAGAGCCCCAAGCAGGAUGCAGAGCCUUGGGGCGGCCCCUGUGGCCCAGAACUGCAGGGCGGUGGCAGCAGGCAUGCAUCUCCAGAGCUCUGUGUGCUGGGCCACGGGCUGCAGCCGGAAGCCCGCACCGGCCGUGUCCAGGACAAACCCCAGCCGGAGCCACAGCCCCAGGCAGAAGGAGGUGUCCCGACGGGCUGGCCAAUGGGGUCACACUGA